CCAUAAAAAGUAAGCACACAGUACUGACACGAGUGGCUAUGACACGAAUAUCAUUUUUUAAAAGAGGAUAAUUGUGAAAAAUUUUCGGUUCACUAAAUGAGAAAAAUUGUAAUCAGCAUUAAGCCACAACAAUGAACUACUGGAAGAUUUUAAUUCACCCACGGUUGACUCGGAUGAGGUCAGAGAACAAUACGCCAAAAGUAUGCUGCCCGCAAAACCGCAUGUCCUGCACUCAGGACAUGGUUAAAAUGCCAACUAGCAUAGUUUUCAGCAAUAAAUUCAACAAGUACAUGGGCUUUUCGCUGGAGGAGCGGCAGCGCUUAAAUAUCCACGGUCUUCUGCCCGUCUGUGUCCGAUCCACGCAGGACCAAAUGUAUGUGCUCGAGUCGAACUUUCGAUCCAUUAAAACCAACAUUGGUAAAUAUCAGUAUUUGAGGAUUAUGCGACAGGGUUUUGAGAGGCUCUACUUUAAGUAUGUCUCCGAACACGUGACGGAGGUUCUGCCCAUAAUUUACACACCCACCGUGGGCAUGGCCUGCCUGGUCUACGGGAUGUUGUACCGCGGGAUAAGCGGGGUCUACAUAACCAAGUACGAUUGUGGGCAUAUGGUGGAUGUCCUGCUCAACUGGCCAGAUCGUAAGAGUGUCAAGGCCAUCUGCGUGACAGACGGCCAGCGAAUUCUGGGCCUGGGCGAUCUGGGCGCCAAUGGGAUGGGCAUUUGUGUGGGAAAAAUGGAGCUGUACACGGCGUUGGGAGGGAUUUCACCCGAAAAAUGUCUUCCAGUCUGCCUGGACGUCGGCACUACCAAUGCCAACCUUCGCGAGGACCCCAUGUACAUUGGCCUGCGGGAGGACCGACUUCAGGGCAAGGAGUACGAGGACUUUAUUGAGGAAUUUAUCCAGUCUGCACUCAAGGCGUUCGGCUGCGAGACUCUGAUCCAUUUCGAGGACUUUGCCACACCGAACGCUUUUAAAUUUUUGAAAAAGUACCAGGAUCAAUGUUGCUACUUUAAUGACGAUAUCCAGGGAACGGCAGCAGUGGGCCUUGCCGGACUGCUGGGCAUUCAAAGGAUAACUAAGAUAGAGCUACAGGACCACGUUAUACUAUUUUGUGGGGCAGGCAGUGCCGUAAUGGGAUUGACGGCUCUGCUUAAAAAGGAAUUGAAAGCACGGGGUCUUGCUGAUGAUGAGCUUGCCAAGAAUAUCUACGUCUACGAUCAUAAGGGCUUAAUAACAAAAAAGAAUGAAAAUAUCCCCGGUGAUAUAGCUGACUUUGCCAAGGAUAUGGCACCCAUAAAGUCCCUAGAGGAGGUGGUGGAGAAGAUCAAGCCUUCCAUUAUUAUGGGAGCCACAUCAGCGGCAGGGCUAUUCACCGAAAAAAUUCUGCGUAGUAUGGCAAAGAAUCACGAACGUCCAGGGGUAUUCGCCUUCUCCAAUCCCACCAAUAAGGCCGAGUGUACAGCCGAGCAGGCCUAUAAUUUUACAGAGGGUCGAGCCAUCUAUUCGGCAGGAUCGCCCUUUCCGCCUGUUGAAUUUAACGGAAAGCGUCUGACUCCUGGACAGGCCAACAACUGUUUUGCCUUUCCCGGCAUAGUCCUGGGCGUGAUGACUGCUCAGGCGGAGACAGUUCCCGACGAAGCCUACCUGGUUACGGCCCACACUCUGUCAAAUAUUCCCAGCCCAGAGGAUCUAGCCAGCGGAAAGAUCUACCCGGACAUAGGCUGCGCCAAGGCGGUGGCUCUCGAGAUCGCCAUUAAAGUCUGCGAAUAUCUUUUCAAAAAUGGCCUGGCCCGCUUAAGUCCAGAGCCGGAGGACAUUCGGGAGCAUAUCUUGAAGAAUGAGUACCAGCUUGAUUUCUGUAGCUCGCUGCCCGAGACUUGGGAGUACCCGGAAAUGGAACCCAAUCCCAAGCCCAAACCAAAGCCGAAUCCUACGCCCAAGGAACAAAAAAAGAAGUAGGCUGUCUGUCUUUUAAUUUCAUUUAAUCCUUUCUUUUUUUUACAUAUUUCGGAGAAAUCUAUCCAAAUUUUUUUCGUCAAAAUUCCAAGUCUUUAGUCGAUACCGCUCAUUGGAUGACCAUGCCAUUGCGGAAAGGGAAGCACUUUAUGAGUUCCCUUCUGCGAGUCGCACCCCGACCCGUAAUCUCGCAUUGCCGGGGUCUGACCCGGUUUGAUGACGAGACAAGGCAGAGGGCGCGUCUGGAAUGGCGCGUCAUCGCAGAUGGCGAAGUUAACAAGGUGAGGAUGCCCCGGAGCCGUAGACAGCAUAGACAGUGUUUCUUUCUGAAAUGUAUUUCAUUGCUUGGAAAUACAGUGAACCAUUUAAUUGGAA